GGCUGGAUACUAGGGAUUCAAAAUUUGAAAUCCCGUCUACAAAGGUCAAAUACCACUAUUACUAGUGCUUCAAUUCCCACAUUCAACCUAUUUCAUUCAUUCUACAAACUUUCAAGUUUUCACUCUCCUCUCAAAAUCUCCCUUUCAUUCUUCAUCUUUUAACAAUGGCGUUGCCUUCCAACUUCGACGAAAAUGCUCCUGCUGUCGAAAUCACCAUUGAUUACCUCUCUUCCGAAGAUCUCAAGCCCUUAUCUGACCCCGAUACCCAGAUUCAGGGUUUACUUGAGCGUUUGGAAUCGAAGGAUUGGAUUAAGGUCUGUGAAUCUUUGAAUGAUACUAGGAGAUUGGCUAUUUAUCACUCUACUCUUUUGCUCCCAAUGUUGGAACCGGUUGUAGUGGUGUUGGUGAAGGCUAUGAAGAAUCCAAGAAGUGCUUUGUGCAAGACAUCUAUUAUGGCUGCUGCUGAUAUCUUCGUUGUGUAUCGAAAUAAGUUGCUGGAACCUGAUUUCUCUGGUGGUUUUGACAAUUUGCUGCUACAACUUUUGCUGAAAGCAUCUCAAGACAAGCGGUUUGUGUGUGAAGAAGCAGAAAAGACCUUGAAAACACUGGUUCAGUCUAUUACCCCUCUUCCUUUGCUUCAUAAUCUUCAAAAAUAUGCCCGCCAUUCCAAUCCAAAAGUCAGGGCUAAAGCUGCUGUAUCCAUCUCCAAUUGUGUAUCUAGAAUGAGCUUCCAAGAUUUACAGGACUUUGGGUUGGUUUCACUGGUUCAAGUAGCUGCUAAUCUGCUGAAUGACAGGCUCCCAGAAGCCAGAGAAGCUGCACGUAGUAUUAUUAUGUCAGUAUACAAGUCAUUCACUGAAAAUGAAGAUCAAAAGCCAGAGUCGUGGCAAAUUUUUUGUGAGUCUAAUCUACCAGUACUUCAUGGACAAUCCAUAAUCAAAAUCACAACUACUAAUUAGGCAUAUAGCUGCUACAGGCAGCAGCAGCAGCAGCAGCCGUGUACAUAAAGUAUGUCUGAUCUUCUCUGAAGAUGCCUUCAGAAAAUUUAGGUCCUCAUCAGUUUGUUUGUGAUUUACUAGUUGAUGUUAAGCUGUAUCACGUGCUUGCUACUAGUGUGGAAAAUGCGUAUCUCUUUCAAAUCAAAUGUAAUAGAGUUUUUUUUUUCUAAGGUGAUACAGUCAUGUAUUGUAACCCCUGCUGGCAUGGUGUGCCCUUUUUUGAUGUCUAUCUUCGUUCCGGCAUUGUUAUAAACUCCUUAUCAUAUUACUUUUAUAAUAUGAGAACAUGGAUUUUGGGGCGGAAAUUUGAAUGUUAGUAUUCAUUGAAUA